CUUUCAAUUGGCAUUCCUAGAAUGACAAGAAAGACGAGGAAAGUGUCAACAUUGGUCAGCAUGGCAUCGACGAAGUUAGCACCGUAGUAGCUGGUGUAAAUACGUAGUAUAAAUCGAAUGUGUCUUGAAGCUCGUAGUGUGACACUAAAAGAAAGUAUAUAAGCUUGUAAAGCACUGUGAGAUAUCGCAGAAUCAUGUCGGGAUCUCAUGAAAAUAUUAGUGUCAUGACAGCUUGUAAACAGCCCCUGAAGAGGGUUGAAAUUCCGUUAAAUAAAUUCAAUGACGUAGCCGUGCCUCAUCAUGUAGAUUUACUUAAGAAACAUAAGACCAAUAUCGAAAAGUUUCAACGUCUGGGAGACUGGGACCGAAUGCAUCUUGAACAAAUAAAUGCUACAAGACUGAUCAAACAGCUGAAGGGCCUAAUUUAUGAAAUUGACAUGCUGAGAAGCCAAGUACAAGAUUCAGACCUGCAGAAGUUUGACAGUCUUACUGAUCAGGCUCGCAUGAAUGCUCAAGAUGCCAUUAAGGAGUAUCUAGAUUUGAAUGCUCAGAGUCACAAACCGGUUUGGAUUAUGUCAAGAGACAACAGCAUAAGUAAGGUUGAAAAUAUGACAGAAGACAGAGAAGAGGAAACAUUGCUGGAGCAGACAUCAGAGAUCCACGUCCAAAUUAGCAGCUCUGAGGAUCUGGCUAAGCAAGAGCAGUGUCUGAAGUCAUGGGAGAAUCUGCAAUCAGAAGUACAGGAUAUACAUCAACUGUUCGAAGACUUUUCACAUAUGGUUCAGGAACAAAAGGAGAAAGUUGAUGAGGUAGAAUGUAACAUAGAAGAAACAUCAAUGAAUGUAAAGGAAGGUGCAUCGUUCCUAUCAAAGGCAGCAAAAUACAGGACUACAGUGUAUCCAAUAGCAGGUGCUGUUCUUGGUGGGUGUUUGGGAGGCCCUGUUGGACUUCUUGCCGGUAUCAAACUGGGCGGGCUGGCUGCUCUUGGCUGUGGGUUCAUUGGAUUUACUGGUGGGCACUUACUGAAAAAGAAGCAAGAGGCAGAACAAAGCAAGAGUGAUGUUGAACUUCUUAAUAUUCAGCGGUCCUACAACCUGAAGGGAUCUGUAUCCUUGCCACAUAUUUGUGAUACAAAAAAUAUUGCUGAGUGCAAUCCUGAGGUACCUGACACAAAGUAAAUGCCUUGAAACAAAAACUGAUUUAUAAAAUGUGGGCUGUGCAAGUUGAAAAUAUUUAUAUAGUGAAUCUUAGUACUAUUUAAGUUGUUCUGACAUGCUCAUAUGUACAGACUGAGUCAAGGAUGUUACUGUGCUUUUUAUUUUUUGCAAUUCUUCCCUUUGUUGACAUCUCUGUUUGUGUUAAAUGUUGUAUAAGAGUAUUUUAUACAGAUGAAAAAAGAAGGUAAAUCUAUCCCUGUAACAGGGCGUGAAGGCCCUUAGGGUUGUGAGACGUCGAGGCUCC